AUGCACUCUCUAGUUGGUGAAGAUCGAAUUAAGGACCAAGUAAGUAAAAUACGAGAUAAAGGAAUGAAAACAGAGGGUUUAGUCGGUUCUAUUAAUAUUGCCCGAAUUGGCGUCUCUUCCUUGGAUGAAGGAAUCUUCCCAGAAGAAGUCUUAGAAGUAAUUGAAGCUCGUCGCCAGCAGAUCUUAGCCCAAAUCAUGCGCACAGCUGAACUAGACCGAAGUACAGUUGCUCAGCGACCAGAUCUCCGUCAUCGCCAAAUAGAGGAAGUUAAAGCCAGUAUUCGUCUGUUAGUACUUGAUAUUGAAAGGAUCUAUGCCCAAACAGGCCGUAAUUGUGUACAAGAGUGUUCGGAUAUGCUUCAGGAACUGGAAGAGGUGAAGCAGAAGUACUUAACCAAGAAAGCAUUUCUAAGUGGUGGAUUCAAAUGGUCAGCCGCCGCUAUUCUUUGUCUCUCUAUUUUAAUCUAUAUGAUCAGAUCCUACUUACUUUGA